UUGAGUGCAGGCCGAGGACGCUUACCUGUUGAGCCUGUUGCACACAGGUAGAGGCGGCGGCUCCGAGUCCAGGAGGUUCAGUGGGCAGCUCCCCAGAUGUGGAGCUCGGCCCUCGGAGAAGGGAGGUGGCUGCCCAAGGGUCCCGAGGCAGGUCGGCGAGCUGGGGCUAGACCGCGUCUGCAGGCGCACCUCCCCUCCUGCGGCUGCCGCUGCCCCUGCGAGGCACUCGGAGACGUGACGCAAACCACCAGCCAUGAACUACGUGGGGCAGCUGGCAGAGACGGUGUUCGGGACGGUGAAGGAUCUGUACCGCGGCCUGAACCCCGCCACGCUGAGCGGCGGCAUCGACGUGCUGGUGGUGCAGCAGGGGGACGGCUCGUUCCGGUGCUCGCCCUUCCACGUGCGCUUUGGCAAGCUGGGUGUGCUGCGGUCUCGCGAGAAGGUGGUGGACAUUGAGAUCAACGGGGAGCCUGUGGACUUGCACAUGAAGCUGGGGGACAGCGGGGAGGCCUUCUUUGUCCAGGAGCUGGAAAGCGAUGAGGAACACGUGCCUCCCCGCCUGUGCACCUCCCCCAUCCCGUGGGGGGGCCUGUCUGGCUUCCCCUCGGACUCCCAGCAGGGCACAGCCAGCAAGCCUGAGGGCCCCGUCAUCAUGGGCAUGGCCUCCAUGGGGCGGAGGAAGAGGCGUCGGAGGAGGAAACCCAGGCGGAAGGAGGAUGAGGUGGCAACUGAUUCUAGUUCAGAGGAACUGGAGACAGGCCCUGAGAGCGAGCUGUCCCUGCUGGAGAAGCCAAGGCCAGAGUCCUCAGGUGUCCAGUUGGAAGGGGAGUCCUCACCACAGCCCAAAGACAUCUACCCCUACUCCGAUGGCGACUGCUCCCCUGAGGCCAGCCUCUUGGCAGGUGAGCUGACAUCCCCUAAGAGCGACUCAGAGCUGGAGCUGCGGGCCCCGGAGCCCAGUCCCCUGAAAGUGGAGUCCCACAUGCAGUGGGCCUGGGGGAGGCUGCCCAAGGUGGCCAAAGCUGAGCAGCCCGAGUCCUCGACGGUCCCUGAAGGCAGCGUGGGGGCAACCUCUCCUCGUCGGGGAGGACCCAGCACACCCUCCACCUCUGUGGCUGGCACGGACCCUUCUUGCCCCCCAGUCCUGGUAGCAGGGGCUGGCGCUGACCUGCUUCAGUCUGACACGGAGGAUCCUGCUCUGGUGGGUCCCCCUCUCCACACUCCAAAGAGCGAGGAAGCCAAGACUCAGAGCUGCAGGGAUGCAGACCUCCCUCCUGCCUCCAAGUCCUGGAGCUGGGCCACCCUGGAGGGCCCAGUUCCCAGCGGGCGACCAGAGGGGGCCUCCAGGGGCCAAGGCUCCCUGAAGAGAAGCCAGCACCUGGGCCCCAGUGACAUCUACCUGGAUGACCUGCCCUCCCUGGACUCUGAGAACGCAGCACUUUACUUCCCCCAGAGUGACUAUGGGCUGGGGGCCAGAAGGUGGAGUGAACCCAGCACCCAGAAGCCCCUGGGGGACCCCAACCCAGAACACGUGCCAGAACCCACUCUGGACACAGCGGACACCAUAGCACUCUCCCUCUGUGGUGGACUGGCCGACAGCCGGGACAUCUCCUUGGGGAAGUUCAACCAGCACAUCGUCUCCUACCAGGACCUCACCAAAAACCCCAGUCUCCUGGAGGACCCGAACCUAGUGGUGAAAAUCGACGGGAAGCAUUAUAACUGGGCUGUGGCCGCUCCCAUGAUCCUCUCCCUGCAAGCCUUCCAGAAAAACUUGCCCAAGAGCACCGUGGACAAGCUGGAGAAGGAGAAGAUGCCCCGGAAGAGUGGGCGAUGGUGGUUUUCCUGGCGACGCAGGGACUUCCCGGCUGAGGAGCACGGUGCCCAGAGGGAGAAAACCACCGCCAGGGAGCAACAGGGGGAGAAGACCGAAGUCCUGAGUAGUGAUGACGACGGCCCAGAUAGCCCUGUGAUCCUCGAGGUCCCCUCCCCGCCACCCUCAACGCCAGCCUACACUCCUGCCUACAAGAAGUCCCUCCGCCUCUCCUCCGAUCAGAUCCGGUGCCUGAACCUGCAAGAAGGUGCCAAUGAUGUGGUCUUCAGUGUGACCACCCAAUACCAGGGCACCUGCCGCUGCAAGGCCACCAUCUACCUGUGGAAAUGGGACGACAAGGUGGUCAUCUCUGACAUCGAUGGCACCAUCACCAAGUCAGAUGCUCUGGGCCACAUUCUGCCCCAGCUGGGGAAAGACUGGACACACCAAGGCAUCACCAGUCUCUACCACAAAAUCCACCUAAAUGGGUACAAGUUCCUAUACUGCUCAGCCCGGGCCAUCGGCAUGGCUGACCUCACCAAGGGGUACCUGCAGUGGGUGAGUGAGGGGGGCUGUGGCCUCCCCAAGGGCCCCAUCCUGCUGUCUCCCACCAGCCUCUUCUCCGCCCUCCACAGAGAAGUGAUUGAGAAGAAGCCGGAGGUGUUCAAGAUCGCCUGCCUGAGUGACAUCCAGCAGCUGUUUCUGCCCCACAGACAGCCCUUCUACGCUGCCUUCGGGAACAGGCCCAAUGAUGUCUUUGCCUACCGGCAGGUGGGCCUACCUGAAUCUCGCAUCUUCACGGUCAACCCCCGGGGAGAGCUCAUCCAGGAGCUCAUGAAGAACCACAAAUCCACGUAUGAGCGGCUUGGUGAGGUGGUUGAGCUCCUCUUCCCUCCUGUGGCCCGUGGCCCAAGCGCAGACCUGGCCAACCCUGAAUACAGCAACUUCUGCUACUGGCGGGAGCCGCUGCCCACGGUGGAUCUUGACACGCUGGCCUGAACCUGCCCUGGCUGCCCCUUCCUCCCUGGCCCGGCCCAGGACUGACGAGGUGUCCUGGGGCACAGGGGGACAACCUACUGAAGAGGAGGAAGGGGCUGCAGGUUGAUGGGUAGCCACAGACCUUCCAUCCUCCCUGUCCUGUCUCUGCCAGCUGAGCUGCAGCUACUCCAGGGCCUCAGUGUGGCCUUCGCCUGGAGCGAUGACAUGUUUGUCAUCUGGGCCCUUUCAGGGAUUUCUAUGCUCUUGAUAGUUCUGUCCCUGUCAACCUGGAACCUUGCCUCAACUCCUGAUGGGACAGAGAGGAGAGGGAGGCCUGACUGAGGCAUGAAGCCCGUAUGCACAGGGCAGUGUUGGUGGUGGCAGUCGGGGGUAGCUGAGUAGCAUCUUGAAAGAACAUGGUGCUCCCCUGCUCCUCUGCUGGGAGCCAGACUGCGCCCCACACCCCACAAAGCCAGACAUCUCUGCUGGAGCAUCUGCUCGCUGGUGCCCUGGCAUCUCAGCACAUGACACGCACUCAUGCCUGGGUGCCCCCGGCCCCCGCCAACAUCAGGGAAGGGGGGAUUCGGGGCCAUGUGAGGGCUGGGGGAGUGUGGCUCUGCUCAGCUUAGCCCCCAUGCCAGCACCUCCCCUGCAGACUGGACUCUAAACACAGCCUCCCCUAGCCUCGGCUGGUCCACUUGGUGCUCACGGCCGUUGCCUGAGCUCUUGCCUGAGGAGCUGUGGGGAGCAGGCUAACGCCCUGCGGCCUUCCCUCCCACUGCCUUUGGUGAAGAAGGUUCCUUUAGACUGGCUAAAAGCUUUAAUCCAGAGCCUGCCCUCCGCCAGCAGCACCACAUGGAGGGCAGAAUACCCAAUGUCCGGAAAGCAGAAGGCAGGGCUGCGGGCCCUACAGACCAGCACUGCAGGUGCCCGUGCUGCCGUGGGGGAAACUGAGGCUGGGAGCCCCAGCCGAGUUGGGCAUCAGAGUCUCUGGGAGCUUCCCAGGCCUGAGGAACACUUGCAUUUUCAAGUUUUCCCUUGAUUUCAUACCUGAAUUUCUCACCUUUCGUGAACAUCCUGGCAGGGCUGGGGUUUUGCAAGGGUGUUAAAAGCAAGGUCUGGACCCCUUUCCCUCCAGCUAUGGGCUCCUUAUCAGGGUCUGGCCUCAUUCAGGCCCCGGCAGACACUAGGGCCACCCUCUGGAGAGAGGCCCCGAUCUGGAAGGAAGAAGGCUAUGUGGGCACCAGAAGGCCCUGGAAACAUCUUUGGGGAAGGAAAAGGAGAAAAUGGUGUGGGUUCUCCAAACAGAUGGCCUGGAUCCAAUUCCUUCCUCUGGGAUUCUACAGCUGCCUAAGCCCUCACCCUAGGGGGAGGUGGGGGGGA